AUGAGUCGUUCAAAGGGAUGUGAGUUCCCAGCUAUUUAUAACUUUGGGGACUCAAAUUCAGACACUGGAGGAAUGUCUGCAGCAAAAUCACAGGUCACUUCGCCAAAUGGUGAAACUUUCUUUCGGCAUCCUGCUGGAAGAUCUUGUGACGGUCGUCUUAUUAUAGAUUUCAUUGCUAAGAGUUUGAAGUUACCAUACUUGAGCGCAUAUCUGGACUCAAUUGGGACAAAUUUCAGGCAUGGUGCUAAUUUUGCCACUGGGGGUUCAUCUGUAAGACCUGGUGGUUAUAGCCCUUUUCACCUUGCUAUUCAAAUUUCUCAAUUUAUACAGUUCAAGUCUCGUACUAUAGCUCUCUAUAAUCAACUCAGCUCCUCCAACCGAACAACAGCACCAUUCAAGAGCAUUCUCCCAAGGCCCCAGGACUUUUCCAAGGCAUUAUAUACAAUUGAUAUUGGACAGAAUGAUCUUUACUAUGGUCUUAACCACACAAAUAUUGAAGAAGUUCGAGCAUCUAUUCCUGAUGUUCUAAAUCAGUUCUCCCAAGCAGUGCAACAACUGUACCAGGAAGAGGCAAGAUUCUUUUGGAUACACAACACAGGACCAGUUGGGUGCUUACCAUAUAGUGUUAUAUAUGACAAAUCAAAUCAUGUACCUGUUAAUCUAGACCGUAGUGGAUGUGUAAAGUCCAAAAAUGAGGUGACUCAAGAGUUCAAUAAGCAACUUAAGAACAAGAUAUCUGAGCUGAGGGUGCAACUUCCAAAUGCAGCAUUGACUUAUGUUGAUGUAUAUUCAGUAAAAUAUGCACUGGUUCGCUAUGCAAAGAAUCAAGGUUUUGUUGAUCCGUUGAACUUCUGCUGUGGUAGUUACUAUGGAUUCCAGAUUGAUUGCGGGAAGAAAGCCGUAGUGAAUGGAACAGUGUAUGGUAACCCAUGUGACCAUCCAUCAAUGCACAUUUUCUGGGAUGGUUUUCACUACUCCGAAGCUGCCAACCUUUGGGUUGCUAAUCGCAUUCUCAACGGUUCCUUCUCUGACCCAUCACUUUCAAUCCACCAGGUUUGCUUCCAUCCUAGGAAUAUGUGACCACCAGUUUUAGGGUUUUGAGAACUGGGAAUCAUCUGUCGUCUGACUUAUUAAAUAUCAAUAAUGAGAAAUUGUUCAAGUUUUUUGGUCUAUGCUAUUAA